AUGGAGAUAUCAAACAUUUUACAAAAUGAAAUCUUAUCAAAGAUUGAUAUGUAUAGAGCAUUAACAGAUAGACAUUCAUUUGAUGUAAACAAGACGAUGGAUCAAAGUGAUAGUUUGGUUUAUUCAGAGAAAAGAAUAUCAAUCAUUGAUCUAGCACUAGUUUGCAAGAAAUGGUUUCAAAUGGUAAAGAGUCAAAUAAAUGUCAUCGUUGUAGAGGCAGAGACUAAACACUCGAUCUUUCAAGGAUCUAGUGGAUCACAUCGUCAUACAACCUUGGGUAAAACAAGUCACGACAAGGAAAGCAUUGUCAUCUUGCCUCGAUCAACCAUAGAGAACCUUGCAUUGACCAAGACAAUGAUAGUGUCUCUUAAACAAUUGGCAUCACCCCAUUGUAUUCUCUCGUUGGAUCAUCUUUCAAGUAUUCACUUUUUCAAUGUCGGGCCUGGUUUCACCUCUUUUCCUUAUUUCAAACCUCUUAUGCAAAAUAUGGUUGGUAGAGAGAUGGAUCUUUACUUUUAUGGAAAUUAUAAUCAAGACUUUUUAGAUUAUAAAAAAGAUGUACAAGAGAAUCAUAAAGAAUGGUCAAUCAAAGAAUUCAAUCCAGUCAUUUCAAGAGAAUUGGAUCCAGAUUCAAUUAUUGAAUUUGAACAAUUUAAACAAGAAUAUCCAGAUCAAAUUUGUGGUUCAUUGGAUGUUGCCGUAUUUUCAGAAGAUGAAGAGGCUAAUUUCGAUUGUUUUAAAUUGAUUCAAUUGGCAAAACCUAAAAAGGUUUGUAUUGAUCUACUCAAUUCAUCAAAUGACAAUCAAUUACAUUUCUCUUAUUUGGAAUUGGCCAAAAAUCAUUUCAACUUUAUCAAUCAUUUGGAAAUUAAAGACGACUUUUUGGAUGCAUUGGAUUUGGUCCAAUUACUCAAACAACCAAAUUUUAAAUACAUUUCUGUUGUAUUUGGUUUACAUUGUGAAGAGGAUUGUGAAAGUUUUUAUCCAGUUCCAGAUCAUCCAAGACGUCAUUUGCCUCAACUAAAAGAAGCAUUAGAGACCAAUACAACACUAAAGACUCUUGCAAUUGAAUGUUUUUGUCAUAAUCCAACUCAUACUGGUGAGGAUUUUGGUAUUGGAAUGGAAUCUGUUUUUGAUCAACUUUUAAUCAAAAAUCAUACCCUCACCAAUUUACAACUAGAUGGUAUAUCACCAGGUGAAUCAUUUUACAAAUCAUUGGCUGAUCCAAAUUGUUCUUUACAAUAUCUUUCUCUUGUAAAGAAUUCAAUUCCUUCAGAUGAUCAUUUUAAAUUAUUUGCCAAAUCACUAGAAAUGAACAAAUCAAUUCAACAACUUUCCAUUCAGGGUUGUAAUAUAACAGACAAAUCUGAAAAGGUAGUGUCAUCUAUUAUUCAAAACAACAAAUCAAUUACAUCUAUCAAUCUAUCAUGUACCAAACUUACUGGAGAAUUGAUUGUUCCAGUAUUAUCAGAUUUAACUAAACAUAAUAUUCAAAAUAUUUCAAUUUCAUUAGAAAUGGAAGAUUUUUUAGAAAGAAUCGGUACUAGUGAAUAUAAACAAAAUAGAAAUCUUUAUCUACUUAGAAAACCAUUCUUUUAA